UGGGGUCAAGGGGCACGCGGGCCUUUAUUUGAGUUUCUUAGCUUUCGCCUAACCUUAGAUCGAUUUAUUGCGGCUGAGCAAGGUGGCCUAACCUAAGACGUGAAACUAACAACGUACACCUACCUUCCCAACAUACUUGAGUACACUCACUUCUUGUCAUUGCGUUUGAUUGUGUCUUAUUACUACUACAUACCAUCUAACGAAGGAAGGAAAGAAGGAAAGACUUAUACUUACUUUAAGUUGUUAGUUACAUAUGUAGCAAGCAACAAUAACAAUAAUCCAUAAGCAAAUUAUCCUGAGAUCCUGACCAGUGAUUACUUCUACCCUCAGCCACCAUCAGCCAGCCGAGUAGUCGAUCCGUUGGAUAUAAUAACGUGCUACCGGUAUAUAAACAGCCGAGAGUCUACGCAACCCAAGUUUCACUCACUAUAUUUUGAGUUGAAGAACUGACUCGCUUACGUCUUUACCUACCCCAGGUAUCAAGACUAUAUCAAGACUAUAUCAAGAGAGCCAUGUGCUUCGGAAGCAAGGACACCGGAAGUGGCCCAGCUCCCAAACCUGCUCAAGCUCAACCACCGUCCUACAGCAGCGCGCCAAACCCAAAGGCAAGCAUGCCGCAAAGCUACGCGCCGCCCCCUGGCCCACCGCCUUCUCACAGCCAAAACCAAAACCAAACCUCUCAGUCUCCAUACGACUACGCACCCCCAGCUGGCCCACCCCCUUCUUCUUCCAAGAACAACCCCUUCUUCAACUCCCCAUCAUCCAAUGCCCCGGAAUACGCCCCACCAACUGGACCCCCGCCCUCCCACGGAGCGGCCCAGAAACAGCACGACUGGGAAUCCGCCGUCCCAGACACAUCCCUCCUCCCCCCUCCCCCCAACUUCUUCAGCGGCUUCGACCGCUCGCCCGCGAACAACGCCACCGAGGAAGAGGCCGAGGCCGGCGAGCGCUGGUGCGCGAGUUACCCGCUGUACCCGCCCAUGCCGUUCAGCGCCGAGGCUGCGGAUGCCGCGCGCGUCGGCAACGUCGCCUUGUACGCGCCUCCCCAUUUCAAGGGCACGCUGACGCAGAAGGGGAUGGGGGUCUGGAGCGUCGUGAGCGGUAGUCGCAAUGGAGGCGCGCCGGACACGUGUCUGGCGACGUAUCCGCCACUGUACCACGCCGCGGCGCACAGCCCCGCCGCGACGGGCGCCAAGGGGGGCAAGACGGUGUACUACGAAGUGCGCAUCCUGGCCGACGGCAACGAGAAGGAAGUCCCCCUCGCGCUAGGCUUCACGGCGCCGCCGUACCCCGCGUUCCGGCUGCCCGGGUGGCACCGCGGCAGCCUGGGCGUGCACGGCGACGACGGGCACAAGUACAUCAACGACCGGUGGGGCGGGAAGGAGUUCACGGCGCCGUUUCGGCGGGGCGAGACGGUCGGGCUGGGGAUGCGGUUUCACUACUCCCGCGGCAGGCAGGCCGUCGAAAUCUUCCUCACCCGCAACGGCGCAGAGGCGGGCCGCUGGGAUCUCCACGAGGAGACGGACCAGGAGCAGGAUCUGCCGGUCACGGGGCUGGAGGGCCACCACGACUUGUGCGCGGCGGUGGGGUGCUUUGAGCGGGUCGCGUUUGAGGUUGUCUUUAGGCCUGAUGCGUGGGUUUGGAGGGGGUAUGAGGGUUGAGCGUGAUAAUCGAAGAGAAAAGGGGGAGCGAGGCGUUGCGUCCGUGUUUCUUGCUCUGGGCUUCUUUGUACGAUACGAGACGUUUUGAUGGUUUCUUAUGCUUAUGAGCCCUGGGGGGGCAUUUUUCGUAUUCUUAAUUUUUGUUUUUGUGGUGGUGUCGACUUCUUCGUAGAAUGGAGUGAUGGAGACUUGGUACCUACGUAGGUAGGUAGAUGAUAUUUAUACCUACGUUUGACUUUGGCUGGCUUGAACGUAUUAUCGUGAUAGGUAUCGAUGUCUUGUUUGCUUGUUUGCUUGUUUGCUUGUCGGUUGUGCUGCUGUCUAGAGCAAGCAGGCGGGUUGCCAGGCCCGUUCGGCGCAACCAAAGUACGGAUAAACCUUACCACCGCCACCCACAGUGCCAGUUGCCGCUAUCACUGACACUCCCGGCGCCCCAAGGCCACCAACCUAUCCUAUCAGGCACCCAACCCAAAGCACGGACUCCCUCCCCUACAGUGCCUACUGUAUUGUACCUCC